CUCCGCUCCCCGAUGCAGGGCCACAUGCUCCAGGCGUUGUGCAUCCCCGUGAUUGUCUUUGCGAGCGCCCUGGUGCUGGUGGCCGCGGUGUUGUGCGCCGUCGCGGUGCGGGCGCUGCGGCGGGCGGCGGCGCGGGAGAUGGCGCUGAACGUCGACCUGGCCCGGCAGAAGGAGGCGCUGCGGCAGGCAGAGCGCAAGAGCAUGAAUAAGAGCAAUGCCUUUGCCAGUGCUAGCCACGACAUCCGGUCCGCGCUGUCCGCCAUCGCCGGGCUCGUGGACAUGUCCCGCCAGGAGGCGCAGUCGCUCCCCGCCAUCAUGGAAAACCUCGACCAGAUGGGUGUCUGCACCAACAAGUUGUUCGAUAUCCUGAACUCAAUUCUAGACACAAGCAAGGUGGAGUCGGGGAAGAUGCAGCUAGAGGAAGCCGAGUUCAGCAUGGCAGACGUCCUGCAGGAGUCGGUGGACAUGGCCUACGUGACGGGCGUCCGGCGGGGAGUCGAGGUGGUCUGGGACCCCUGCGACUUCUCAGUCCUGAGAUGCGCGACUGUCCUCGGGGACAGCAAGCGCCUCAAGCAGAUCCUAGACAACCUACUCGGCAACGCCCUCAAGUUCACCGAUGAAGGUCACGUCGUCCUUCGGAGCUGGGCGACCCGACCGAUCAUCGGGAGCAAUGUCAGAGCUCCAUCAAGGUUUGUGCACCCACGGCAUGGCGGCGGCAGCUUCUUGGGAUGCUUGUUCAGGGCAAGGAAGGGUCCUGGUGACCAGGAUCAUGUGCAGAAUGACCCCAAUUUGGUUGAGUUUUACUUUGAAGUGGUCGAUACUGGCAUUGGGAUCCCCCAGGAGAAGAGGAUGUCCGUGUUCGAAAACUAUGUUCAGGUGAACAAUGGCCAAGGCGGCACGGGCUUGGGGCUCGGAAUCGUGCAAUCCUUUGUACGUCUGAUGGGAGGAGAGAUUAGCAUCAAGGACAAAGAGCCCGGGGAAAGGGGAACAUGCUUCGCGUUCAACGUGCUCCUGAAGAUAAGCGAGGUGCAACAGCCUCAAGACAUAGAAGAAGGACCGUCGGUUCCAUUAGACACCCUGAACCGCUCCAUUUACAUAGCCUCAGCGUUUCAAGAAGCUAGCAACUUCAAGGGCGUGCACUGCGUUCUCUACGUUCAUGGGUAUGAAACCAGGAGGAUCCUGAAGACGUGGAUGGAGAGCAUCGAGGUCAAGGUCUGGCUGGUUCCGCAAGCCGAGUUCAUCGGUUCCACCUUGGAGAAGGUGCAGAGCAAUAGCACGGCCACCGCUACCGCGGAAUGCGGCAGCGCCGACCGGUGCUUCAGCUCCAAGGAGAUGGUGAACCUGUUGAGGAACAACUCUAGUCCUAGGAGAGCCAUCCUCGGGGGGAUUCCUUCCGGUAUCCUUGUUGUCAUCGACGUGUCCGGUGGUGAAACGGAAGAAAUUUGCCAGGAGAUGGCCAAGCUUGCCAGGAUCAAGCAUCAAGCCCCAUGCAAAGUUGUUCUGCUCGAGGAUAUCAAGACCCCUUCCAAUGAUCUGAGGAGGCUCAAGGACAUGGGCUGCGAUCUCGUUUUGCGAAAGCCAGUGCAUGGGUCUCGCCAGUUCACUCUCCUUAUGACCCUGAGAGACCUCCAAGUUUUAGAUGCACAAGCACAGUCUUCCCAUGUUGGCCCUGAGAUUGCUGGGAACAGGCAGCAACAAGAUUUGCCAGAUGUUGUUGUUCCUUGCGUGGAAGACACUGCUGCAUCAACUGAAGCUUCAUGCUUGGCUCAGGAACAACAGAAGCCUGGAGAUGAUAAGCCGCUAGCUGGGAUGCGAAUCUUGCUGGCUGAAGACAAUCUAGUGCUGCAAUCAAUCCAGAGGAAAAUCAUGAACCAGCUUGGAGCAUUUGUCACAGUAGCUCAAAAUGGAGCUAUGGCUGUGAACUUGCUCAGAGAAGCUCUUGAGCAAGCCAAUGCUUCAGAAGAGGAUAUAGUGUCCUUGCCCUACCAUGUCAUCUUCAUGGAUUGCCAGAUGCCCGGUAUGGAUGGCUAUGAAGCGACGAAACUCAUCCGCGAGGAAGAACAACGCUACGGAAUUCAUACUCCAAUCAUCGCUUUGACCGCGCACGACAUGGAGGAGGAUCUGCAGAAGGCCAUCGAUGCCGGAAUGGAUCUUCACCUCGCAAAGCCAAUAUCGCGGAAGAAGAUAGUGGAUGCUGUUCGCAGUGUCUGCAAAUGUGAGAAUUGACAAAGUGUUUCUGCAUCGGGUGAAGAACUCUCAGGAAACCAGUGGUUUCAUUGACUAGGAUGGCGAUGAUCAGAGCUCACAACAUCCAUCUGGUCAUUAUAUAGUUAGCUCUCAUUCAGGAAGCUCUCUUGUUUUCUGUUGGCUGUGGCCUGCGGGGCUGUCACUUUGGCCUGCACUGAGGUGUAUCAAGAACGGCCGAGACAUUUCCAGAUGAUCUGGAAAGCCAAGAAUUGCUAUAUGUAGCAGAGAUUCUCCGACAAUGUGGCACUAUGCUGAUAAUAACAAUGGACGUGAACCCGAUCCCUUGUUUGCCAGGAUACCCAUAAGUGUAUCCCUGUAAUAAAUUGGAAGAUGCUUA